AUGGCAGCUGAGGGGCAUAAUGUUGAUGCGAAUUUGGUGGAUAUGCGGCCGAACCAUGGCCAUUAUUUCGUGAAGAAAACGUUCGGAAAGCCCGCAUAUUGCCAUCACUGCUGCGACAAAAUAUGGGGCAUGUUGACAACUGGCUACAGCUGUGAAAUGUGCAACUUCAUUUGUCACGAAAAAUGCCUCCGAACAGUGGUUUCCUACUGUAGCAGUGUGGCGUUGCAACUAAUCAAAAACCCAGUUGCCCACACGUGGUCCGCUCCCUGUUUGAUUAAAAGAAGAUACUGCUGCGUUUGUCGGAAACGAACCGACGAGGCGAUGUCAGUUGAGUGUGAAGUCUGUGAGUACUAUGUUCAUGUCGACUGCUCAGAUCUUGCUGUAUCGGAUUGUAAGGAGGCCGCGACUUAUGUAGCAAACAUGGAGAGUGCCAACGCAGUACAGUACCAUCAUAUGAGAGAAGGAAACUUGCCGAAGGAAUCGAAAUGUGUCGUAUGCCGGAAAACGUGUUUCUCAACAGAGUGCCUUGCUGGAAUGCGGUGUGAAUGGUGUGGUCAAACGGCUCAUGCGGUUUGUUACCGCCAAAUGGAUAAGGAAUGUGAUUUCGGAGUGUUACGGAAAAUUAUGUUACCACCAAUGUGCCUGACUAUCCCACGAACGGAACUUCCAAUGGAACAGCUGUUGAACAUCUCAUCACAUGAUCAGCCACAGUCUCGUAAGGUAUCAUCGCCAUCAAAAAUUCAAGCGGAUGACGUCUCAACUUCUGGAGAGGACGUCAAAGAACGGGAUGAUUUUGAAGUUAUUCGAGUUUUCGACGGGAACAACUCAUAUCGACUGCAGAUUUCGCGCAAUAUUGUCGUCGCAAAACAUGUAUCGGUGCAACAAGUUCGCGACGCUGCCCUCCGCCGGUUCCACAUCAACGACACUCCAGAAAGAUAUUAUAUUACUCAAGUGGUUGGCGAGGUAGAGGAAGAAAUACUCGAAGAUCCAGUACCUUUGAGAAAUGUGAAACGUCCUGAAGGGAAGCGUGCUCAAAUAUUCAUCAGAUAUUAUGAUGAUCCGGACAAGGAUGAGGUCAAAGUGUACGGUGGAUGGUUGCGGAAAGUUCCGGUCACAUUUUGUGCGAUCAAUGUCACAAAAGACACGAUUGUGCAGGACCUAGUGACAGAUGCUCUUUAUCAUUUUGGACUUGAUGGGUCGUUUUGGAACCGAUAUAAUCUUAUUGAAGUUUCAUUAGACAGAGGGGUCGCUGAGAGAACAUGUAACCCACAAGAAAACGUGUUGCAGUUGGUUAGAAAUUUGAGAAAGGAUUCUCUGCGGCGGUACCAUGUUGUCCGGUUUUAUGUCCAAGAAAAAGAGGACCCUCAUGAUCAUGCGGUUUUUGUUGGAAAUCUACCUGUAUCUCUUGCCCAACGUCAAUAUGAAAGAAUUUUACUAAAACUUCUAGGUGCCAAAGAAAAGCCGUUUACUGCAAUUGGACCAAUCUAUUUUGAGUAUGGCAGUCUUAUUAUCACAUUCAAUACACCGAAAGCCGCGACAGCAGCUGUUCAAAAACUACAAUCAGCAAUAUACGAGGACAAGAAAUUAAUAGUUUUAUGUUUACCCAAUGUACAACCACAAAUGAUUCCGAAAGAUGUGGAACCCUUAUUGGUGCUGGUCAAUGUGAAAUCUGGAGGGUGUCAAGGAACUGAAUUGAUACAAUCGUUCCGCAAACUUCUCAACCCAUUCCAAGUGUUCGAUGUGUUAAAUGGUGGUCCUUUAGUUGGGCUAUACGUGUUCCGCAAUAUUCCGAAAUACAAAAUUCUUGCAUGUGGUGGUGAUGGAACCAUUGGAUGGGUAUUACAAUGCUUAGAUAUUGCAAAACAGGAUGCCGCUUGCUUUUCUCCACCAUGCGGAAUUGUGCCAUUGGGCACCGGAAAUGACUUGGCUAGAGUCCUCCGGUGGGGUGGUGGUUAUACUGGAGAAGAGAAUCCAAUGGAUAUAUUGAAAGAUGUUAUUGAAGCAGAUACUGUGAAACUUGACCGGUGGGCUGUGGUAUUCCAUGAGGAGGAGAGAAACCAGCCGACUUCAUCUGGUACUCAAACUGAGAUGAACGAGCAGACAAUGAAUAAUCCGGAGGAUCAGACAUCAAUGAUUAUUAUGAAUAAUUAUUUUGGUAUUGGAAUUGAUGCUGAUGUCUGCUUGAAAUUUCACAAUAAGCGAGAUGCGAAUCCUGAAAAAUUCCAAUCCCGUCUUUUCAAUAAAACGCAAUAUGCAAAAAUUGGGCUGCAGAAAAUGUUCUUUGAACGAACGUGCAAAGAUUUAUGGAAACGUAUCGAGUUAGAGGUUGAUGGCCGUACUAUAGAAUUACCAAACAUCGAAGGAAUAGUCGUAUUGAAUUUGCUCAGUUGGGGAAGUGGAGCCAAUCCAUGGGGAACGUCGAAGGAAGAAGGAAACUUCUCGAAACCGACUCAUUAUGAUGGACUAUUAGAGGUUGUUGGAAUAUCCGAUGUCUCCCGUUUGGGUCUAAUCCAGUCGAAACUUGCCGCUGGAAUCCGGAUAGCUCAGGGUGGAAGUAUCCGUAUUACUACACACGAAGAAUGGCCGGUUCAAGUCGAUGGUGAACCUCAUAUCCAACCACCUGGAACUAUAACAAUUCUGAAAUCGGCUUUGAAGGCGCAAAUGUUGAAAAAAGCCAAAAAGUCACGUCGCGGUGGCAAUGCCACAACAAGUGGCCUAAACCAACCGCAUCCGGAAACAUCCGAAUCACUAUCCGGACCAUUGGGUGUACCAUCAACACUUGGUGAUCCACAUCAUGGAAAAACGACUCCAGAUAACACUGCCGCGGAUUCUGACGAGGAAGGCGACGCCUUUCUCUGA